GACGACGAGCUCGUGGGGAAAAGUAGCACUCCUCGACAUACCCCAGUAUUUAUUCACGAUCUCCCCGCUAGCCUCCAGCAAGUGUAUGCUACGUCCCUAUAAUUAUCGUCCGUCAUUGGGAACUAUGGCAUGCAAGGAAUCCUCGACCAACAUAAGUCCAUUGUCACGAAUAACCGGGAGAGAAUGAGGCUAAAGGAACCUCCCACCAUAUUUACCCGAUUUACCAGCUUCCCGGCAGAAAUCCGAGUCAAAAUCUGGCAGCACGCUGCACAAAUCUCUCAGCUGAUUAAUAUAGAGGACGAACCUGGCAGAUAUUUCCCGGGAAAUAAUUCGAGGUGUCCACUCUUGCUUGUUAAUUGGGAAGCAGAAAUUGAGGGUUUGGAGCACAAGGAGGGCUUGAAUGGUGGUUACUUAGUGGAGGAGAAGAUGUUUGAGGAUGAUGCUCACCCAGCCAUUUUCGCGAACCUCGAACCGGAUAUCAUCUGGCUUAAGUAACACCCUAUGAUGAACACCCCUUUUUAGGGCGACUGGUCGCUUAUCAUGACUUUGAGACAUGGG